AUGAUCCACCAUAAAUCGGCACUGCGAUGGGGUGAAGCAAAGGAUAGGCUGAAACAAGGAUAUGUACAACGAGAGAACUAUGAAGAGGCUGCGCAAUGGGUCAUGACAUCCCUCAAGAAUGUGCGUGAUACUUUUGGCCCUACGAGCAUUGAAACAUCGCAUGAAUUGCUUAAGCUCGCAAUAAUGUUUGCCGUGCGCAGCUCUCAAAUAACGGAAUAUAGUUGUGUCUUUGAUGGGGUAUACUUUAAGCUUUACAGUAAUCGAGUGCAAGACAGGGAUGACAAAGAAGUUAAAGAUAUUUUGGGGCUCAAAUAUACCAAGACCAGAGACGAACAGCUGGCUUUACGAGGCAUUGGCAAUAUCACUGAUUUGCUAAGCGUUGAUCAAGAUCGUUUUGGGAAUACUGUGUUUAAGCCAAUAUUCGAUGAAUUAUUGCGUAACAUUCCGUACACAAAAAGCGAUGGUAGCCAAUUCACUUCGUUAAGCAAUCGGUACAAAGUCAAAGCAGAUGCGACUCUCUCUGUUCUUAUCAACGAUGAGGAACUGCGCACACUGGUAGUCGAAGUAAAAUCGUCUUUAAAAAAAGGCAUUUUUUGCAGCCCAGUUGUUUAUGGAGUUCUGGUAGAGCAACCUCAUUGGAUUGAUGCUAAUAGAAUCUGA